CCAUCAGUAAUCGAGUACCAUCAGCCAAGUAUAACCCUAUUCAGGCAAUUCAGGCACAAUAAGGAAAGGGCUUUCUCUUAUAAUUUGCCCUAAUUUCAUUUUGCCUGCAAAUUCUCUGCACUUCUCUCUUCUUCUCCAUUUAUCAUGUCUCAAAGGGUUCUUUGCAAAUUUUUCCUUCAUGGAGCAUGCCUGAAAGGGGAGCAUUGUGAGUUUUCUCAUGAUUGGAGGGAUCAGCCAAAUAAUAUUUGUACCUUCUAUCAAAAGGGAAUCUGUUCCUAUGGAAGUCGUUGUCGGUAUGACCACGUUAAAGCUUCUCAUCCACAGAAGCAUUCUUCUACAUCCUCAAAUUCUUAUCAACAGUCAACUUUAGUUUCAACUCCAGUUGCUCCUGGAACUCCCAGAACCCGAAGCUAUAUUCCAGAACUCUCAGCUCACAGCAAACCCUUCUACCCAGUGGUUAGACCCUCUUGGAAUGAAGUUCCUGAUACUUCUUACAUUCCCGACCGUGAAUAUCACCAAAGUUUGAGCUUGGCUGACCAACCUAUAUGUGCAUUUGCUGCUGCUGGUAAGUGCCCUCAUGGAGAAAAAUGCUCUCAUAUCCAUGGGGAUUUAUGCGCCUCUUGUGGAAAACAUUGCUUGCAUCCUUAUAGGCCUGAUGAAAGGGAAGAACAUAUCCAAAUGUGUCAAAAGAAUCAAAUGAGGCUUGAAGCAUUGAGGCGUAGCCAAGAGAUAGAAUGCAGUGUUUGCUUAGAGCGUGUUCUCUCGAAGCCUACUCCAGCUGAAAGGAAGUUUGGGCUGCUUUCAGAGUGUGAUCAUCCCUUCUGUAUAUCGUGUAUACGAAAUUGGCGCAAUAAUUCUCCAAUGUCGGGUAUGGAUGUCAAUUCGGUGUUAAGGGCCUGUCCGAUUUGUCGCAAGCUCUCAUACUUUGUCAUUCCUAGUGUUAUUUGGUAUUCUACAAAAGAAGAGAAACAAGAGAUCAUUGAUAGCUAUAAAUCAAAACUCAGUUCUAUUGAUUGCAGGUACUUUGACUUUGGACAGGGGACAUGUCCCUUUGGAACCAGUUGUUUCUACAAGCACGCAUAUAGGGAUGGGACCUUAGAAGAAGUAAGACUGCGGCAUCUUGGUGCUGAAGAUGGAAAUACUGUAAUUGCUAAAGAUAUCAGGCUCUCAGACUUCUUUAGGAUAUUGCAUCUAUAAGUCCAGAGGGAUAUGUUGAAUGAUCUUCAUAUUUAGCUAGGCAUGCAUAUGCCCUUCAGCAGCUGAAAGUCUCGUGCCAUGUGUUAGUGAAUUAAGAAAGGAAAAAGUAUUCUGGAACUGUGUAUGAUCUAUCUCCACUUUCAUGUGAGUUUGGUGCAGGCUGUUGAAUUGCAGAGGUUCGUGAUGGGAGAUGGAGGGGAGUUUCUGAAGGGAUGACUAUAAACAUAUGAUUGUAUUGUGUUUUCGGAGUGGCCAUAUACUUAUCAGUCAUCCUUCAUUUGAUAAUAUGCUGCUUUGGUUUUGUUGGCCCGGCUAAAGCUGGCAAGGGUUUGUCGAGUUUCACUUGAGAAUCCUUUAACUUUGGCGUGUAGUAAGGUGAUAAAACUGUAUGCUUCCUAGGAC